CUUUGUUGUUUCAGAUCCAGUGGACGAAACUGAAAACACACCCAAUCUGCCUGUACCUGGAUAAAGUGGAGGUGGAGAUGCGGACGUGCGAAGAGCCUCGGCCGCCCAACGGACAGUCUCCCAUUGCCCUUGCUGCAGGUCAAAGUGAAUACGGCUUCGCUGAGAAGGUCGUGGAGGGGAUGUUUAUCGUGGUCAAUUCCAUCACCAUCAAGAUUCACUCCAAGGCCUUUCAUGCUUCUUUCGAGCUGUGGCAGCUCCAGGGCUACAGCGUCAACCCAAACUGGCAACAGAGCGACCUGCGGCUCACACGCAUCACGGACCCGCAGAGAGGAGAGGUUUUGACAUUCAAAGAGCUCACCUGGCAGACACUUCGGAUAGAGGCAGAUGCCACUGACAAUGGGGAUCAGGAUCCUGUUACUACUCCUCUGAGACUCAUUACCAACCAAGGGAGGAUCCAGAUCUCUCUCAAGAGAAGGAUAACACCACCUGCUCCAAGUGCUCAGCAGUCCUGGUCUCAGUCAUUUGGAGUCAGCCCAAGUGCAAGCAGCAUUGGCCAAUACUUUGAUAAACAUGAUAUGAAGGAGUCGUCGUACCACCUCCUCAUCUCACGCCUGGACCUGCACCUCUGUGAUGACAGCCACACUCGGGAGUCAGGUGCUCAGAAGCACGGGAUGCUGGGCGGUGCCAUACAGCUGACCUUCAGGAGAAUGGCCUUUGACUACUAUCCUUUCCACAGGGCAGGAGAUGCCUGCAAGCACUGGGUGAGGUACAGCGAGGCCAUGGAAACCCGGGGGCAGUGGGCAAAGAAGUUGGUCAGUGAAUUUCAAAGCAAGAUUGAGAAGCACUAUGAAGAAAUGGACCCUUCCUUUACCAAGACUCCACCUUCUCCCUUCAAAAAGAAACCAGAUGCUUCGAGUCCUCAUAAAAGUCCCCCGGAGAAAGGCCGGGUCCCUCCCUCCAGCUUGCCGCAACUGCGGCACCCUGCCUGGAACCGCCUUCGCUCCAGCUGUGUGCUGCUCCGCGUGGAUGACCUAGACAUCCACCAGGUUUCUACAGCUGGUCAACACAGUAAGAAACCCUCCACGUUGCUUUCAUGUAGCAGAAAAUUCCUCAACCUUCCAGAUCAGGUGUCUGCAAUCCAUAUUGAGUUCACAGAGUAUUACUUCCCAGACAAUCAGGACUUUCCAGUUCCGUGCCCAAACCUGUACGCACAGCUGAACGGCCUGACACUCACCCUGGAUACAGCGAGUGUGCUCUGGAUAAACCUCUUCUGCCUGGAUCUUUAUCGCAGCUUGGAGCAGUUCAAAGCCAUCUACAAGCUGGAGGAUUCGGGCGAGCACGAUGAGCACGUGGACGUUCGCCUGGAUGGCUUCCGGCUGAAGCUCAACAUCCCUGUGGAGAAGAAGGUUGCCGACCAUCGCGAUCGCCCGCGGGCGCUGUGCGUGCGCGCGGCGCAGGUGACUGCCACCAACACCCGCCACGCUCCCCUCUGCAGCUGCCAGGACCUCCAGAGCCUCUUCCGUAAAUUUGCCAAUUCCGAAUUUUUCCACUCUACCUAUUCGCAGUUCCCAAGGUCUCAGGACAAUUUCAGCCUUCUCCACACCCUUUUCCUGCGCCAUGCGUAUCAAGUGGAUGACAGACCUCGGAAGCAGACAGGCUUUUCCCAGACGUUUCCCAAGGCCUCUGCCUCUGAAGACCUGUGGUCUGUGAAUUUCACAGAGCUUUCCCUGGACUUUGAGGGGGCAGAGAGCUCAAAGGGCAGAGCCAUUAAUUUUAUUUCCUCUUUUCCCCUUUCCAUUUGGGCCUGCCUUCCCAAGAGAUGGGCAGAAGCUCAGGUGUCUAAACGACAGGCAUUAGCUGCCUCUGAAUUGAAAAUCAAGCCUUCUGCCAGCUUUAGCAAUCACUCCAUGAAUGAGAAUCUUUCCAAGGAGCAUGGGAUUUGCCAGAGAUCAAAGACCGACCAAGAUCUGAAGAACAUCUACAAGGUCCCAGAGACGAUGGGCGUCUUGGCAGAACGUGACUAUGAAAAUGAUGCUGGAGUAGCUGAUAAAGAGCUGGAGUCCUCUGCUGAUAUCCAUGUGCUUUUGUCCUCAUCUGUUCCUGUCAAAGUUCGACUCAACCACUACCAGUAUUUGGUGCUGCUGAGGAUGAAAGAGGUUUUGCAAACACUACAGGAGCAGCUGGCUCAAGAUACACAGGAAGUGACGGGGUCUCCUUUAGAUCCCAUGUCUGCUUGUGUCGGAGUUAUGUUCCAUAGUGCCGAAUUGGCCCUAAUCAUGAACCCUGUGCCAGGCUCCGGCUUGGAACCUCGAUCCCUCGACUCGGACACGACCAGCCUGAUAGAAUCAGAGCUCUCGCCCUCAGACAGCAAGGAGGGGCUGGCGGCUGAAGAGAAGGAGCUGAAAUCAGAGAGCAGCUCAGAGAAGGGAGCAAUCAGCAGCUCCAGGGCCCCAGAAGACAGCGGGGCUGAAGAUGCAGACCCGGCUGUGACCGCGGCGCUGCCCGAGAGCCUCCCGCGAUCCGCGAGCGACGGAGCCCUGGGCACGAGUCCGUGCGACGGGAGCGCGGAGGAGAAGGGCCCGGUGGAGGAGGCCCAUGAAGCGGUGGAAGCGCUGGGUGCCGAAGGAGCGGCGGAGUCCAACCGGCCUCGGAGCCCUCCCGCCCUCCCGUCCGGCCCGACCUCGGAUGUGCAGCCCUUGAGGAGAGGGAGCGUCGCUCUCAAUGGCCAAGCAGAGCUCAUCCCGUUAAAAAACCUGGAGGUGGAGCUGUCUAGCGCGCUGCAUAUCACAAAGGAUGCCACUAAGGAAGCUCUGCACGCGACGAUGGACCUCACCAAAGAAGCCAUGUCUAUAACGAAAGACGCUUUGAGCCUGAGCCGGGAGAAGGUGACCUCCACCAUGCAGAAAAUGCUCUCUCUCCCACCAAUCAAGGAUGCUGCGCCGAAGGCAGAAGAGGGAGCCGUGACUCCCGGCGGGGGCGGCGGGCGGACCGCGGGGGUGUUCGAGGGCAGCGACGGCUUCGUGAUGCUCACGGACUCGGAACCCAGCCUGGAUCCUCUUUCCUCAGUACAUCUCCCUCAGGUGCACAAUGACACGGGCAGCAGAGGAAGCCCGAUGGCAGCAGAUGACAGCAGAGCAUCUCCUGAAAUAAAUAGCUCCACUUCACAGAGCGUAGAAGACCCCAGCCUUCAACUGGUGUCCGUCCUUGUGCUGAAGAUGAAUGAGGUGAACUGUGGGAUAGAGGCAAGAGCGGAUGAUUUGUCUGUGGCUUUACAAGUCAUGGAGGUGGUUCCAGAGCAGCUCAGCAAUGUUGGGAUGUGGCAGUAUCUGUGUGGCUAUCUGGGGGCUGCAGGUGCAGAGGAGCCGUCGGUGCCCACGGCUGGCAAGACCCAGGCCGAGGUGUGCGUGCGCCUCGAGGUGGGGCCCGGCGCCGCGUGGCGCUCGCCGCUCGCCGUCCAGAACGGCUUCCUCCACAUGCUGGUCCACAGCUACACAGCAGAGCUCUUCAUGUCCUUCCUUACUAACCUCGGGCCCUUCCUGGAGGAUGAAAUCAUCCCAGAGGUGAUGCCCAUGGAGAUAGAAAUUGUGAACACCAAAAUCACGUUGAAGGAUGACAGCCCGCAGGUGUACCCCACCUCGCCUGGCCCCGUGCCCAUCACCCUGGCAGUCGGUCACGUCACUGUGAAGCGCAGAGACGAUGGCGUUUUCUGUCUAACAGCACCACAAGGGGAAGGCUCACCGAAACAGGAAAAACCUGUGUCAGCUUUUAAGGAACAGACAGUCCCAGCAGAGUGUGUCCCAGCAGGAGGGAUCUGUGGAUUGCAGCUAAAGGAAGUGCCAGAGCUGCAAAGGGAGCUGCAGACCGUGAAAACAGCCCUUGCAGAAGCCAACAGGGACAGGGCCCGGCUGCUGCAGGAAAUUAGGAAAUACAAUCCCCUCUUCCAGCUCUGACAGUGGAGGCCCAGGCCGCAGCAGCUCAGGAGGAGUGGAGACCACCAGCAGCACCAAGGCGGCUCGUUUGACUACACUGCUGCUAAAUGGGGCAACC